AUGUCCCGCGCGCAGCGCCCCACGACCUCGCAGCGCGCGGCCGCGGAGGCAGCCCCGACGGACGUGCAGGUGGGCACGCAGGGGGGCGACGGGUUCGACUUCGCGGGGUACAUGGGGGAGAAGGCGGUGCUGGUGAAUGCGGCUCUUGACAAGUACUGCCCCGAGAUGGAGCCAAAGCUCGUGUACGAGUCGAUGCGGUACUCUCUGAUGGCGGGCGGCAAGCGCGUGCGGCCGAUGCUGACGCUGGCGGCGUGCGAGAUGGUCGGUGGCUCGGAGGAGCAGGUGAUGCCGACGGCGUGCGCGAUGGAGAUGAUCCACACGAUGUCGCUCAUCCACGACGACCUCCCGUGCAUGGACAACGACGACUUCCGCCGCGGCCGCCCCACCAACCACAAGGUGUUUGGCGACGACAUCGCCAUCCUCGCCGGGGACGCGAUGCUGACGCUCGCGUUCGAGAUCAUCGCGCGCGAGACGAAGAACGUCGCGGCGGACCGCGUCCUGCGCGUCAUCGUCGAGACGGGCAAGGCCGUCGGCGGCGAGGGUCUCGUCGGCGGCCAGGUGGUCGACAUCAAGAGCGAGGGCAAGGAGGUGCCGGUCGAGACGCUGCAGUACAUCCACGAGCACAAGACCGCGGCGCUCCUCGAGGCGUCCGUCGUGUGCGGCGCGCUGUGCGGCGGCGCGUCGGACGCCGAGGUGGAGCGCCUGCGCCGGUACGCGCGCAGCAUCGGCCUGGCCUUCCAGGUCGUGGACGACAUCCUGGACGUCACGCAGAGCACCGAGCAGCUCGGGAAGACGGCCGGGAAGGACCUCGACGUCGACAAGACCACCUACCCGAAGCUGUAUGGCCUCGACGGGUCGCGCAAGAUCGCCAACCAGCUCCUCCAGGAGGCCAAGGCGCAGCUCGAGGGCUUCGACCGGGCCAAGGCGGCGCCGCUGUACGCCAUGGCGGACUACAUCGUCAACCGGCAGAACUGA